AUGCAAAGGGGUUUGGAAACGUAAAACAAAGGUUGAGCUCAUGUUCACGGUCAGACUGAUCAAGGGCACGGUUUAUUAUAUCGGGUGGACUUUAUGUGUGACGAGAAGAUCAGAAAUUGCGAGUUUGAAGGUCUCGUGCCCAACUAGACUGAGAUGGAGAUUGCCACUUUGGAAGCCCGGUAUAUUGAUGCCUGUCAGACUCACGGGUCUUCUCCAAACAACUUGAUUUUGUCAGCAUUUGCCAAGGCCAACCUGCUGAAAUCUCUGGAUGAAGCAUGCAUCUUGGAGAUAAUUAUCGACCAACUCACAGAUAUUGAUAUUUAUCCUUUGACUGAAGCCCUUUUUUUGGUAAAUUAUUCUGAAUUAGAUGCAGUAGAUGUACUUCACAUCUCACCAUGUGUGGUAUUCAAUGGCCAAGACCUCUUGGCUCUCAUGCGAUCUAUUGGGCCAAAACUUCGAACGGUUGAUUUAAAAGAUGUUUCUCUUGGGAAAGAUUCCCUUAGGGAUCUUUUGGAAAGAGGUUUGCCAUGCCAGCUUUUGAACUUGAGUUCCUGUUGUGUCAGGAAGUUAAAUAUGUCAGGGCAAUUUUUUGCACUUCACACACUGAAGCUGGAUUUUAAUAAUCUUACUAGCUUACCAAAAGAUUGCUUUAUUUCUAUGCCAAAAUUAAUGAGGCUUUCUAUGUGUGAGACUGGAAUCACCAAUUUCUGGACAACAUGUGCUGCAUUAUCAAGACUACCAUCUUUGUUGGAACUCCGUUUUCAGAAUUGUUUAUGUUGUAAUGAUACAGGGCAGUGUCCACAAUCUUCAUCUGAAAAACUCAAUUCUCUUGUACAUGAAAGUAUUGCUUCAAAACCAGGCCUUAAAGCUUGGAGCACGGACUGGUCUCCUAUUGAUCAGGAGGGUGUUAGAUUUCCAGAUUCAGAACUUUCUGAAACAGAAGAAGCAAAUUUUCAUGACAUGUUCUCAGAUGAUGAGUCAGUGGCACGCUACCAUUUAGGUCAUAGCUCGAAUGAUAAUUCAUCAGAUGAAAGUGAUAUUGAUUCAAGAUUUCACCUAAGAGGGUUGGUUACAGCGGAUAUUCCAACAGAUAUUCAGCAGCAGACAAUUUUUCUGGGAAAUUUGAAAAGAGAGAGAAAUGAAAUCACACACAUGGAUUAUAACAAUGCCAAUAUCUUGGAGCAACCAACUGAGCAUCUAAAUACAGAGGAGAGUUUCUUUGAAACAAAUGAAGGGUUUUCUAUGAGGAAUGAAGAACUGAUCUUGGUGAGAGAUAGGGAAACACCUGGAAGUCUCAAUGAACUUUCUCAUAAUUCAUUUGACUGUUGUGUUUCAAAAAAUACAUUUUAUAGUGCAGCUGAGAGAACCAUACCAGUUGGGUUAAGUGCAAUAAGCACUGGAGAAGGGACUUGUGGUGAUGACCUAAAUGUUGCAUUCCCAGAAAUGCCUGUUGCGAUUGCAGUCAGACGAGAUGCUUCAAGUUCAUACCAUCCCUCUCCGAUUUGUUUUCAGAAACAUUAUCGAGAAUUUAUGAUAGCCUCAUUGCCUGAUUUGAAAGUGCUUGAUAAUGUGCCUAUAUCUCAGUUGGAGAGGGAAAGAGCACAAACAAUAUUUUUACAACAUUUUGAAUUGCUGCCAUACAAUAGGAGAGAUAAAGAGAAUGUCACUAAGAUUUUAAAUGGACGUGAAACUGGGGUGAGUUCUGGAAUACAAAGUUCUUCCAAACUAAAACGAUUGGGCAUGGCCAAUGGUAAUGCCGUUUCAUUUCGUCAAUCUAUUUGUGCAAGUAAAAUGGCGGCAUGGCCAGAUAUUCACCCCAUCUCUAAAUUGAAAAAAAGCCCUACCGAGAUUAAUAAAAAGUUUCGGCCCCGGCAAUUUGAAUAUCACCAAAUAGAUUCUAAUUUGAUGGUCUUUGGGACUCUGGAUGGAGAAGUAGUUGUGAUCAACCAUGAAAGUGGUAAACUUGUUGGUCACGUUCAGUCGGUUGGAGCAAAUCACAGUAUUCUUGGGCUGUGUUGGUUCAGCAAGGACCCUACAAAGCUUAUUGCUGGCUCUGACAAUGGCACAUUACAAUUAUAUGAUGUGAACCGGAUGCGUUCAGCACUACUUUCUGGAAGAUGUGGUGCAAACAGCAGUAAUAGGAACCCUUCUUCAUAUACAUAUGAAGAGUUUGAGUCAUUAACAUCUGUCCAUAUCAAUGCAACAGACAAUUAUUUUCUUGCUAGUGGCUAUUCAAAACAUGUUGCUCUGUAUGAUAUUUGCAGUGGGAGACGUUUACAAGUUUUUGAAGAUCUUCACGGUGAACAUAUAAAUGUUGUGAAAUUUUCUCACCAUUCUCCCAACAUAUUUGCUACUUCAUCAUUUGACAAGGACAUCAAGAUGUGGGAUUUACGACAGAAGCCAACACAUCCUCUGUAUACAAAUACCAGCACAAAAGGAAAUGUGAUGGUCUGCUUCUCUCAUGAUGAUCAUUAUCUUCUUUCUUCAGCUGUGGAUAAUGAGGUUAAGCAACAUUUAGCUGUGGAUGGGAGGCUACAUACCAAAUUUGACAUUGCAUCAACAGGAGGUGUUCAGAACUAUACUCGUUCAUAUUACAUGAAUGGGAAAGAUUAUAUUAUUAGUGGGAGUUGUGAGGAAAAUGUUGUUCGUAUUUGCUGUGCUCAGACUGGUAGAAGGCUUAGGGAUCUUGCCCUUGAGGGGCGUGGUUCAAGAAGUUCCUUGUAUGUGCAGUCUUUGCGUGGUGAUCCUUUUCGGGACUUCCACUUAAGUGUUCUGGCAGCAUACAUUAAUCCAGACUCAAAGUCGGAGAUCCUUAAGAUCAAUUUGCUCUCGAGUGAUACAUAUCCCAAGGACCGUGAUUCCGAUCUACAAUAUCUACCCUUCUCUGGGAUGGGUGGCUGAGGUCAACAUAUUAUCCCUUACUGAGUUGCAGUUAUUUAUGAUGAGGAUUGGGAAUACUGGACUUGAACUGUAUCACUACCAAAAACCAAAUUCUGGACAACAUUAUAUUCUUUUGUCUUUUAUUUCAAUUAUAGCAUUAACUAGUUUUCUAAGAGCCCGUUUCUUACAAAUUUGUGUUGAACAAAUUAAAAAUAUACGAGUUUGUCAAGUUGUGUGCAAUAUUUCAUACAUUUGAUAUCAGAUGCCUGAAUUUAGACUAUCACAUGGACAAGAAAAAUGGAGAGAUGUAAGAAAUAGUGGACCCAGAGUGAUAUGCUUGGGCUUGUUAACAAACUAAAUUCCUACUAAUGCAAAUUAUUACAAAAUGUAAAUCAUUUCAGUAUA